CGAUUUCAAAGACAUACAACAAGAGAGGAACGGAGCGAAGAGAAGCUUCGAGGCUUGCCCGUCGAUUAACAAGUGUUAUAGGUGAUUUACUGGGAAUUCUGAUAUGAGCACUGAAGUUGGGUGGUACAUACUAUCUGAAGAUCAGCAGCACGUGGGUCCAUAUGCUGCCUCUGAAUUGAGGGAGCAUUUUUCUAGUGGAUAUAUUACAGAGAGCACACUUGUGUGGGCCGAAGGACGGACCGAGUGGCAGCCGUUGUCGUCUGUUCCUGGGUUGAUCACUGACAACUCUGAACAAGUGCCCUCAUCGACUGUCAAUGAUGAUGAGUUUGAAAGGUGGCAAAAUGAGGUGAGAAGUGCAGAGGCAGAGGUAGAGGUAGAGGCUGGGGCUGUAAACCAUGAACUUGCUGAUGAUGAUGAUAGGCCUUCAUCUCCCCCAGAUGGCCAGGAGGAGUUCACCGACGAUGAUGGGACCGUGUACAAGUGGGACAGGAAGCUUAGAGCUUGGGUUCCUCAGGAUAUAAUUGCUGGAACUGAGCCGUAUGAUGUUGAGAAGAUGACAUUUGAGCAAGAAGAAGAACUCUUUCCUACGGUUGAGGCUGAUAGUCUCCCUGUUAAAGAAGAUACUGACACUUCUAUAAAAGCGAAUGUUGAUCCCCUUGUAGAAAAAGUUACAGAUAAUGCAAAUGAAGCAGCAGAAGCAAAUGGGAAGAGGAAGUUGCCUGAGCAACCUGUUGAGAAAAAGGAAGUCAACCAACCUCCUGACAGCUGGUUUGAGUUAAAAGUUAAUACACAUGUAUAUGUUACUGGGUUACCAGAUGAUGUUACCUUUGAUGAGGUUGUGGAAGUGUUUUCCAAGUGUGGGAUUAUAAAGGAGGAUCCUGAAACAAAGAAACCUCGUGUGAAGAUCUAUGUUGACAAAGAAACCGGAAGGAAAAAGGGUGAUGCUCUUGUUUCAUACAUGAAGGAACCUUCAGUUGCUCUGGCUCUUCAAAUUCUUGACGGGUCUCCUUUACGACCUGGCGACAAGAUUACCAUGUCGGUUACACCAGCUAAAUUUGAGCAGAAAGGGGAAAAAUUCAUAGCAAAACAAGUUGACAAGAGAAAAAAGAAGAAGCUUCAGAAGGUCGAACACAAGAUGCUUGGCUGGGGUGGCCGCGAUGAUUCGAAAUUAUUGAUUCCAACUACUGUUGUUCUUCGAUAUAUGUUCUCUCCAGCAGAAAUGAGGGCUGAUGAGAAUUUGAAUGUUGAAUUAGCUGCAGAUGUUCAAGAGGAAUGCACAAAGCUUGGGGCAGUUGAAUCAGUGAAGGUUUGCGAGAACCAUCCUCAAGGGGUUGUGUUGGUAAGAUUCAAGGAUAGACAAGAUGCACGAAAGUGCAUAGAGUUGAUGAACGGAAGAUGGUUUGGAGGUCGGCAAAUACAUGCUAGUGAGGACGACGGAUCCGUCAACCAUUCUAUGGUUCGGGAUCUGGAUUACGAUGCUGAGCAGCUCGAGAAAUUUGGAGCUGAACUUGAGGCCGAAUGACUUCCAUAGUUUCGGGGUAUGCAUACACAAGUUUUGAAGCAUCUACGCACAUAUAUCGUACACAAGCUUGGGAACACGUUCUACGUUCGUUCUACGAAUGAUAGCAAAGUAAUAGCUAGAAAUCAUCGGUUUCUGCGAGCGUUUGUGUUAUCUAGUUAAAACGUGCUUAAUGCGUUAUAGGAUUAUAUUAGAUUCAUCUUAAGGUUUGUGUGACGGUUUUAUAACUUUAUGAGAUUGAUCUCUAUGUAGUCUCUUUUCUGCUGCACGGUAUUCGUCUUUUUAGGGAUUUUGACCAUAUCCAUACAACUACGAUAGCACCCUAUCAUGAUAUCUGUGUAUUUGGACUCGGGUUUUGGUCGGGAUUUGGAAAUAGAAAGAGUUGAAAUGGCA